GGAGAGCGACGACAACAACGUCCCCGAGACUCACGUCCUGGCGAUUGCUAGCCAUGUGACAUCUGGCUAUGUCGGCAACACCAUGGCCACCUUCUGCAUGCAGACCUUGGGCUGCGAAGUCUCGGCCAUUCACACCGUAAACUACAGCAACCACGUCGGCUACAAACAAUUCACCGGCCGCGCCUCCACCCCCACCGAAGUCGCCUCCCUCUACACCGGCCUCCAAAACACCCACCUCGACACCUUCUCCAUGCUCCUAACCGGCUACAGCCCCUCGGCGUCCCUCGUGCACGAAAUCGGGCGCAUCGGCCGCUCCUGCCGUCUCCGCUCCAACACGCGCCCGGGUUCCUUUUUCUGGAUCCUCGACCCCGUCAUGGGGGACAAUGGGAGGAUUUAUGUCGCGGAGGAUACGGUUCCGGCGUAUAAGAGUUUGUUGAAGGAUGCGGAUUGUGUUUUGCCGAAUCAGUUCGAGGCGGAGUUGUUGAGUGGGGUGAGGAUUGGGGAUUGGGAGGGGUUGAGGGGGGCGGUGGAGGGGUUGCAUGGGGGAUAUCAGCUUGCGCAUGUUGUUGUUACGAGCGUGAAGUUGCCCCGUGAGGGAGAAGGGGGGGAGGAGGAGGAGGGGAUGUUGUGGGUUAUCGGAUCGAGUGCCACGAAAGAGGGCAAGGCGAGGAUGUUUCGGAUUCAAGUCCCCGCGCUGCCGGUAUUUUUUAGUGGCACGGGGGACAUGUUCGCUGCGUUACUGACUGCAAGGCUGAGAGAGGCUGCGAGUCAGGCGGGGGUUUUGGGGGAGAAGAGUUGGAGGAGUCCGGAUGAGGUUGUGGCGGAGGAGUUGCCGCUUGCGAAGGCGAUGGAGAAGGUGUUGGCGAGUAUGCAGGCUGUGUUGAAGGAUACGGCGAGGCAUUAUAAUGAGGUGCUGCGAAGUUUGGAGGAGGGGGAGCCGUUGAAUGAGGGGAAGGGCGAGGAGGCGGGGAAGGAGGAGGACGUGAGUCGGCAUUUGAAGUUGACGAGGGCGGCGGAGGUGAGGGUUGUGAGGAAUGCGAGGGCGUUGAGGGAGCCG